GGAAACUCACACUGGAGCUGCGCUACUGUUGUGCACAUGAGCUCAGUGGAGAAAGAUCAACAGGAUUAGUGGCUGCAAACCUCUGGCACCAAAACAGGAAUUCAGUGCAUCUACAGGUGUGCCUACAAAUAGAGGAAAUGAACGAGACGGAUGCUGUAAUGAGCAACUCUACUCUCUGUCCGUCCAUCGAUGACUUCCGAAACCAGGUCUACUCCACAUCCUACUCCCUCAUCACUGUUUUGGGCCUGUUUGGGAAUGGCUUAGCCCUGAUGGUGUUGAUCAAAACUUACCGCGAGAGCUCGCCCUUCCAUGUCUACAUGCUGAACCUGGCCGUGUCCGAUCUGCUGUGUGUCAUGACACUGCCACUGCGAGUCCUCUACUAUGUCAGAAAGGGCGAGUGGCGCCAGGGGGAUUUCCUGUGCCGCAUCAGCUCCUAUGCCCUCUAUGUAAACCUCUACUGCAGUAUUUACUUCAUGGCUGCCAUGUCCGUCACGCGCUUCUUGGCCAUUGUCUUCCCUGUGCAGAACAUGCGGCUGGUGACGGAGAAACGCGCUCGCCUGGUGUGUGUGGGUAUCUGGGUGUUCAUCUGUCUCUCCUCCUCACCCUUCCUGAUGACUGGCCAGCAUUUUGACUCCAACACAAAUAAAACCAAGUGCUUUGAGCCUCCAAGUGAUAAACGUAUUCAGAAACUCCUCACGCUAAACAUGGUGUCUCUGGUGCUCUUCUUCAUCCUGCCUUUUCUGGUCAUUCUGAUCUGCUACGCCGGUAUAGUCCGUGCCCUGUUGUCCCGCACCCAAGCAGCCCGUCGCCAAAAAGACACAGGCACCAAAGCCAUCCGGAUGAUUGUUAUCGUCCUGCUGACCUUCCUAAUCAGCUUCAUGCCAUACCACGUGCAGCGCACCAUCCACCUGAACUUCCUGUCCCGGACUGACACCACCUGCUCAGAGGUCAUUGCCAUGCAGAAGUCUGUGGUAGUGACUCUGUGCCUGGCUGCUGCCAAUUCGUGCUUCGAUCCACUGCUUUACUUUUUCUCCGGAGAGGGUUUCCGCAAUCGCUUGUCCUCCCUGCGCCAGUCAAUGAGCAGCAGAAAGCAGCGUACCUCCAGGAUGAGGGCCGUAACAGGCCCGGCGCCGGAAGAGAACCACCAGCCCAAGACCAGUUAAUUUACACUAUCAAACAAGCAGCUUAGAGUACAUUUAAAGAGCUUGGGUUGGCACUGAAGGUGCGUGAGUUGAAGGAAACAUAAGAAUUGCAAAAAGAUUAAAUGUAAACAAAUGAGGGCUGACUUAUUCAUCAACAGAGUAUUUAAACAAACAAUCUCAGGAAGAUGUUUUUCCAAAAGAAAUUGGUAUUUAUCAUCUACAUAGUGCAUAUUGUUUGAUAACUCAGUGAUGUUGUUCUGCCGUAUUAAAAUGACAGUCACCAAUAUUUACUCCAACUAUGGUAUUUGAAAUAAAUACAUAAAUAUGCACUAUAUCAAUGUAUGAAUGUAUUAUAGAUUAAGUUUUAAUAGGUAUUUGAUGAUUGUCAUAUCGAACAGCCUGCAUACGACUGUUUUUCAUGAAGGGCUGCACAAAUCUAUCACUGUUUGUGGGAAUGUUGUUGUAAUGGACAGUUCUAUUUGUUUUAUUUAUCGUGAUGCUCUUGUAACUAUUUUUCUCAAGUGGUGUGUUGUGUGAUGAGUUAUUAUGAUUUACUCACCUUCGUGAAAUAAUUUGUUCUCAGUUUGGAUUCCUAUUUGUUGCUUGUGUGCAGUUGGUUGUUUUUUUAUUAUGUUUUAUCUACCUUUUUUCCUGUAAAUAACAAUGAAUAUUAGCUCCUUCCUAAAGAUUUUUCCUAAGCAAUUUCAGCACAGUAAUCUGUUUUGAGUUUCAAAACAUCAUUUUGAGAUUUGGGAUUGAGCUUUUUUUGUGGAGAGUUAGACGAUAUGACCGUAAAAAGAGGAGAUCAGUCGGGGCUGAGCAGCAUCUCUGCAGCCCACUGAUUAAAACUGCUGUAAUAGCUGUUGUCAUUUUAGCUGACUUCCUGUCUGGAUCUGCAGUCAGCAAUCCCCUCCCUUAUCUUUACUUCACCGCAUUAAUGCGGGACGGUAAUCACCAGACAUAACAAACAGGAGGAUCAGUGUCCUGACUGGACAAAAAUGGGCAGGGAUAUCAGAAAAUGUAUUUUCUCUAAUGCUUAAUCAAAUUUUUUUUUUUAAAUAUCACUCACAGUAGCUUUAACACUUCAGAUGUAAUUUGUUAUGUAUGUACUUGUAUUCCCUGUAAAAUUCCAAACUAGUAGAUGUCUUGUGUGACAAUAUGCUGCUGUACAGUAUUUACAUUGUAAGCAAACCAUAUUUGAUGUUAUGUAUGAGAACUGCAUUAAUAAAUCAUAUGCU